GCUCGGAAACGGAGCUACUGUAUUUGUACCACUACAGUGGGUUUGGGAAGCCGUCAAGCCGCUGGAUAAGCAUUUUUAAACAACGAGGAAACACAGCGUGGCAUUUCUUUUCAAUUAGACGAUCUCUCAGCAUGGGGAAUGGCAUCAACAAGGUCCUGCCUGACUUGUACUUGGGGAAUUUCAAAGAUGCCAAAGACCGAGAACAGUUAGCCAGAAACAACAUCACACACAUCCUGUCAAUUCAUGACAGUGCAGCUCCCAUCCUCCAGGAGAUGACCUAUCUAUGCAUUUCAGCAGCUGACUUGCCCACACAAAACCUGACUCAGCACUUUAAGCAAAGUAUAAUGUUCAUGCACGAGUCCCGCCUGAAAGGAGAAGGUUGCCUCGUUCACUGUUUGGCAGGGGUGUCCCGCAGUGUCACCCUGGUGGUGGCUUAUAUCAUGACGGUGACGGGACUGGGCUGGCAGGAGGCGCUGGCCGCAGUCAAGGUGGUCCGGCCCUGUGCUGGGCCCAACAGGGGCUUUCAGCACCAGCUCCAAGAGUUUGAGGCUACUCAAGCCAAACAGUUCAGAGAAUGGCUACAAAAGGAAUAUAAAGACAACCCUUUCAAUGAUGAGGCCGAUCUACGUGAGUUGCUUGCAAAGAUGACUAAAGCUGAUGGUGAGAGCGUGGAGAAAAAGGCCUGUACUCCACCUGGAGGUAUCUGAUCAGAUAUGUUUAUGAGAUAUUUUGCUGCUCAGCCUGGAGGAUUACACAACCAUCUGAUGCUACAGUACUCUUGACCUAUCUGGAGAGCUAAUAUGCUUUAGAGAGGACUACUGACAGGAGGUUUAUCGCCGUUGGAGUAAUCACAAAAUAUUAUGAACACUAAGAGACAAUUAACAUGUUACAGCACAUAUUCAUUUUUAGUAUGGUUGAUGUUUCUGGUGAUGUUGUUUUUGUUAAUUUAUGAAUGCUGUGUUUUUUGUACUGUGUCACGAUAAUUUCCAGUUGAGAAAAAUAAAAGGGGUACACUAAAA